AUGACAUAUGUCCCCAUUCAGUAUCUCAUUCCAUUCUGCGACAUUAUGUGGGGAGUAUUCACGCUGCUGCAGUAUCGUGUCAACUCCUACGGCGAAUUGGCUGCGUAUAGAUUCAUGGUCGGCUGGUUUGAAGCUGCAUUUUUUCCAGCGAUGCAUUACGUCUUUGGCUCCUGGUAUCGAGGUCAUGAAAUUGCUCGCCGUGGUGGUAUAUUCUAUACUGGUCUAGCAGCUGGUACUUUAACCGCUGGUCUCAUCCAGGCCGGGGCAUCUAGUUCACUAGAGGGUGUUCAUGGCAUGGAAGGCUGGCGCUGGAUGUACAUAAUCUGCGCCAUUAUUACAAUCCCCGUCGGCAUCUUUGGGUUUUUCGUUAUUCCAGGCACCAUCGAUCAACCCAACCGAUGGUGUGUCAACGAUAGAGACAUUGAUACCGCACGCGACCGUCUUGAAAAGCACGGCCACGUACUACACGGGAAGAUGAAAUUUAGCCACAUUACAAGAACCUUGCUAGGUUUUCGCUUCUGGCUUGUCAUUACGACCGACGUUCUUUUCUGGAACGCCGGCAUUCACAAGAACACUGGUUCUUACUUACUCUGGAUCAAAAGCCUUGGACGAUACAGCGCGGCAAAGAUAAACGAAAUGGGAACCAUUGCACCCGCACUAGGCAUAGCCUACACACUUAUUGCAUGUUUCGCCUCGGAUAUGUUUCUAGGCCCAGCUUGGGCCAUUACGAUUUGCUCGGCUCUCAAUGCUCUUGGGCUUAUUUUCCUGACCAUAUGGACAGUCCCUGAAGGUGGCCUAUGGUUCGGGUUUGCGACCAUGUAUUGGUCCAACGCCUUGUCUUCCAUCUUCCACGGAUGGGUCAACAAUCUACUACGGGACAGUCCUGAGGAACGCAGCUUUACUCUUGUGCUGAUCAACCUGCUUUCACAGAGCUCGACUGCUUGGACACCGCUGCUCACCUUCCCUACAGUGGAGUCUCCCAGGUAUAGAAAAGGCUUUUCGUUCUGCCUGGGAUGCGCGGUUGCUUUGAUCAUCUUCACCUGGAUCAUGCAUUACUACUUGAAGAGAGACAAGAGCCAAGACAUCUGCUCUACCGACGAGGAAACAAACAAUCGCCACAGCAGUGGCGCGACAAAUUCUCUUGAAGGCCAUGCCAAGAAAGCGGAUAAUAGCAAUACUGGGGAGAAAACCAUUUACGGAGGCGAAAGAGAAACGCAAGCACGUGACGACGAAAGCAGGGCACUCUGA